CUACCAAUAAGCAUUCUUGACCUGACUUAUCAUUCUUGUCACGAUUCACGAACAAUAAUGCUAGCUAGCCCACUAUAAAACUCUGUCUGAACCACCAUUGCCUCUUCCCUUCAAAGCUUGUUUUCCUUUGAAAUGAUUCAGUAGUAAAAAAAACAUGUCGACUCUUCUUCUUUCAAGUUGGUCUAGGGAGGUUCAGUCCGUGCCAGCAAAUUAUGUGUUCCCGAAGGACAAAAGGCCCGGUGGUGACAUUGAAGUGCCGGUGUGCAAGGAUCUUCCCGUCAUUGAUCUAUCACAAUUGGAUGGUAUUGAUCAUCGCAUCAAAAUAGUUCGGCAAAUCAUGAAAGCUAACCGGGAUUUUGGAAUGUUUCAGGUGAUUAACCAUGGUGUAUCUGAAGAACUAGUGGAUGAAACGAUGACUCUGUUCAAGGAGUUCUUCAACAUGCCUACAGAGGACAAUGCUAUGUAUUAUUCGGAGGAUGGAACUAAGGGUUUUAGGCUCUACACAAGCACAAUGAAUUACAUCAAGGAUGGGGUUAACACCUGGAAAGAUUCAGUGAAACACAAUAUUUGUCAGCCUUUAGAGGAUAACAUCCAAUCUUGGCCUGAAAACCCACCAAGAUAUCGGGAGCUGGUUGGGGCGUAUUCAGUGGAAGUGAGGAAGUUAAGCUCAAGGAUUUUGGAUCUGAUUUGUGAAGGGCUGGGGGUUGAAUUGGGGUACUUUGGCCGGAAUGAGCUGAGCAAAAGCCAGUCAUUGAUAGUCCACCAUUACCCACCAUGUCCGGACCCAAGUUUGGUUUUGGGAGUUUGCGGUCACACUGAUGUAAAUCUCUUAACCUUGCUUCAGCAGGAUAUUUGUGGGCUUCAGAUUUUCAAGGAUGGGCAGUGGCUUGGGGUUGAACCAAUUCCUCAUGCAUUUGUUAUCAACAUAUCUGACCAACUUGAGAUUAUCAGCAAUGGAAAGUUAAGAAGUGCUCUUCACAGAGUGGUGACGAACACCAGUGUUGCUCGGACAUCCUUGAACACUUUUAUCGGUCCAUCUCUAGAAUCCAUCAUAGAACCUGAAAAAGCGCUUGUCAGUGCAUCCGAACCCCAGAUGUUCAAGUCCUUUCGGUUCAAGGAGUACCGUGAUAUCAACACGGCCAAUCUUCGUGAGGCUAAAGGUACUAGAACACUAGAGGCUUAUAAGCUCGAUCUAGUGUAAAAUAAAUGGUAUAACCUAGUCUUCUACUGUAAUAAACUGUAUGGCUACAUGUCCAAAAUAAAACAUGAUCAGUAUGGUGGAAGGACUCAUCCGAUUUCUUGUUAAAAGUGAUUCAAUUGAAUUGAGAUGGUAUAGACAUUUGUAAAAAAAUCGCCAUAAGGGUUUGAUAGACUUCUGUAACAUAUUGCAAUGAGAUGUCAUUUUGUUUUGUUAACUG